GGGAAAACCAUAGAGAUGAGCAGGCAGAGCGGCGCUCGCCAAGAUGGCGGCGCCCAGUGACGAGGAGGGGGCGGUGGGGCCCAGGUGCCACCACCGCUCCCCGGCCAUGCUGGACGUGCCCUUCCUGCCCUUCAGUGCCUUCCUGGGAGCGCUGGGACUGCUCUGCGUGGCCAUGGUGGGCACCUGGUGCCAGCACUGGCGCGGGGGCUUCUCCCUGGACGGCAGCUCCCGCACGUUCAACUGGCACCCGGUGCUGAUGGUGACGGGCUUGGUGGUGCUCUACGGCGCAGCUGCCCUGGUUUACCGCAUUCCCCACACGUGGAGCGGCCCCAAGCUUCCCUGGAAGGUGCUGCACGGCAUCUUGGCUUUGGGAGCGUUCGUCCUGACCGUGCUGGGGCUGGCGGCCGUGUUCUGCUUCCAUAACUCCCAAGGGACGCCCAACAUGUACUCGCUGCACAGCUGGAUGGGGCUGGCAACUGUCCUGCUCUUCUCCUGCCAGUGGGCGGCGGGUUUUGGAGCGUUCCUGCUGCCCUGGGCUCCCACCUGGCUCCGGGCACUCUACAAGCCCAUCCAUGUUUUCUUUGGCUCCACCAUCCUCAUGCUGUCCGUGGCUUCCUGCAUGUCAGGAAUCAACGAGAAGCUUUUCUUCAGCCUGAAGAACGGGACCAUGGCAUACAAGCUCCUGCCAGCUGAGGCUGUGUUUGCCAACACCCUGGGGCUCCUCAUCCUCAUUUUUGGAGUGCUGGUGGUGGCUGCCCUGGCCAGGCCCAGCUGGAAGCGCCCGGAUUCCGAUUCCCCGGACUCCCGCCAGCCCCUGCUCUCUGCCGAGCGCUGAUCCCAGGGAUCUCCAGCACUGCCAAGCUGUAUCCUUGUGCCUCCACAUGCCAGCUCCUGCCUGGAUCCCGGGCCAUGCCCAACCCCAGCGCUUGCCGGUGCCAUCCCUCAACGCCGCAGCUGGAGCUGCCGGAGCCUCGCUGGGACAACGAGGAGCAUCCUUGUCACUGCCACUCCAGAGGAUCCAGCUCAGGGUGGAGCUACUCAGGGGCAUCAUGGACAUGGAAUAAAACAUUGGCUUCU